CAACCGGAUGGCCAAAUGCCAUCAGAUAAGACAGUCGGCGGAGGUGAUGACUCAUUUAAUACCUUCUUCAGUGAAACGGGAUCUGGAAAACACGUACCACGAGCUGUAUUUGUUGACUUGGAGCCAACGGUUGUGGACGAAGUCCGUACUGGAACUUAUAGACAAUUAUUCCAUCCGGAGCAGUUAAUUACGGGUAAAGAAGAUGCGGCAAAUAACUACGCCCGCGGUCACUACACCAUCGGUAAAGAGAUUGUAGAUUUGGUAUUGGAUCGCAUUAGAAAAUUGGCGGAUCAAUGCACUGGAUUGCAAGGAUUUUUGGUAUUCCACUCAUUUGGCGGUGGAACUGGUAGCGGAUUUACGUCACUACUCAUGGAACGUUUGUCAGUGGAUUAUGGAAAGAAAUCUAAAUUGGAAUUUUCAAUAUAUCCAGCUCCUCAGGUAUCCACCGCUGUUGUCGAACCAUACAACUCCAUACUAACAACCCAUACCACACUGGAACAUUCAGACUGUGCAUUUAUGGUUGACAAUGAAGCUAUUUACGAUAUUUGCCGUCGAAACUUAGAUAUUGAGAGACCCACAUACACUAAUUUGAAUCGCUUGAUUGGUCAAAUCGUUUCGUCUAUUACAGCAUCUUUACGAUUCGAUGGUGCUCUCAAUGUGGAUUUAACUGAAUUCCAGACAAACUUGGUACCGUAUCCACGUAUUCAUUUCCCAUUGGCGACAUAUGCUCCGGUAAUAUCUGCCGAAAAGGCUUACCAUGAACAACUUACUGUUGCGGAUAUUACAAAUGCAUGCUUUGAGCCAGCCAAUCAAAUGGUUAAAUGCGAUCCACGCCGCGGAAAGUACAUGGCUUGUUGCAUGUUGUACAGAGGUGACGUAGUACCAAAGGAUGUAAAUGCAGCCAUUGCUACAAUAAAGACGAAGCGUUCUAUUCAAUUUGUCGACUGGUGUCCAACAGGCUUUAAGGUUGGAAUCAACUACCAACCACCGACCGUCGUGCCUGGUGGGGACUUGGCCAAAGUGCAACGAGCUGUGUGCAUGUUGUCAAAUACCACUGCGAUCGCCGAAGCUUGGGCUCGAUUAGAUCAUAAAUUUGAUUUGAUGUAUGCUAAACGUGCAUUCGUACAUUGGUAUGUUGGCGAAGGUAUGGAAGAAGGUGAAUUUUCAGAAGCUAGAGAAGAUUUAGCGGCCCUAGAAAAGGAUUAUGAGGAAGUUGGUAUUGACUCUGGCGAAGGCGACAUAGGCGAAGGAGAUGAAUACUAA